AUGAGAAGCUUCUUUCUACUCAGCGCCGUCGCCUUUAGCGCGGCCAACGCUGGUGUUUUAGACUAUCGCCGCCAGCCAAGGGGAGACUACAAUCUACCUCCGGCCUUGACAACUUCUGUCUAUCAACCCCCGGCCGUCUCUACUGAUCUCUAUCCUCCUCCCGCUCAGUCUGCCAACACUGAGCCUACUGAGCAAGAGACUUCUCCUUAUGUUCCUCCUUCGAUUCCUACUGUCGCUACUUCCGAGCACCAAGAAACUACCAACUAUGCACCUCCCGAGUCUGCAGCUACCGAGAGUGCUAGCAAGCCCGUUGAAGACACUUCUAUUGUCGAGACUCCUUCCAACGCUUAUCCUCCUCCUGCCAACACUCAACCUGGACAAGACACCACUGAGGCCUCAACACCAACCGGAGCCUACCCCCCUCCCGUGAACACUCAAAAGACAGAGACUGAGCAAGAGUCUUCUGCCGUUGUCACAUCUGAAGAGUCCACUCCAACCGGUGCUUACCCUCCUCCUGAGAACACUCCAUCUGAGUCUGAGCAUGAGUCUACUGCUGUCGAGACUACUGCUGUCGAGACGACUGCCGUUGAGACUACUGCUGAGGGUAAAACCUCAACUGAUCUGUAUCCUCCUCCUGCCAACACCGAGACCACCAAGCCUGGCAAAGAUACCACUGAGGCUCUUACCCCCACUUCCGAGUACACUCCCCCCGAGAGUACCGAUGUAACCCAGCAGGGAUCUACCGAUGUUGGCAGCUCUACUGACGCGUAUCCCCCUCCCGAGGGCACCCCCACAACCCAGGGUACCACGGCUGUUUCCGAAACCACCAAGCCCGCCGUCGGCACCUCAACUGAUGUCUAUCCUCCUCCUAAGGGUACCGAGACUACCGAUACUGGUGUUGAGACCGAAACUGGUAGUGCUUCUACUACCCAGUGGACUACCUCAACUGUCUACACCACCAAUGUAUACACUGUCACUUCUUGCCCUCCCGAGGUUCCCGACUGCCCCAACGGUCAGCAUGUCACUACCAAGACCAUCGCUGUGUCUACUACUAUCUGCCCUGUCACCGAGACCAAGCCUGUGACCGAGCAUGGCGAGACUGGUACUCCCACUUAUCCUGUUCCCGGCUCUACCGAGACUGAGCACCAAGGUACUGAGACUGCUACUGUUUCCAAGCCUGGUGAGACCGAGACCAAGACUGAGUCGGUCCCUGAGGAGACUGAGACUUCUCCUUCUACUGGUGCUUACCCCCCUCCCAAGGUUACCACUGGCACUACUGAGGGAGCCGAGACUGAGACUCUUCCUGCUGAGACUGAGACUACCAAGCCUGCUGUCGGUACAUCCACUGGUGUCUAUCCUCCUCCUAAGGCCACCACCGAGACUACCGAGGGUACUGAGACUGAGACUGUUCCUGCUGAGACUGAGACCACUAAGCCUGCUGUUGGUACCUCAACUGGUGUCUACCCUCCUCCCAAGGGCACUGAGACCACCGAGACCGGUGUUGAAACCGAGACUGAGUCCCUCCCUGCUGAGUCUACCAAGCCCGCUGUUGGAACUUCAACCGGCGCCUAUCCUCCUCCCAAGGUCACCACCGAGACUGCCACUGCCAAGACCGAGACUGUUCCCACCGAGACCAAGCCCAACACUCAGCAGACCAGCCAGUGGACUACCUCAACUGUCUACACAACCAACAUCCGCACUAUUACCUCUUGCCCUCCUGAGAUUCCUGACUGCCCCAACGGUCAGCAUGUCACAACCGAGACUAUUGCUAUCUCUACUACCGUCUGCCCUGUGACCGAAGAGCACCACACAGAGACGAAGCCAGCUCCCACCAAGCCUGUUGAGACCAAGCCUGCCACGGAAGGACAGUCCACCAAGCCCGUCGAGACAAAGCCCGCCACUGAGACCAAGCCAACUUACGCAGUUCCCACUGAGACUAAGCCUGCGACCGAGACGAAGCCUGCUACUGAGGGACACUCUACCAAGCCUGUCACUGGUGGACAGUCUGAAGCUGGAUCUACUCAGCCUGCUUCUACUACUGAGUGGACCACUUCGACCGUUUACACGACUACCAUCCGCACUGUUACGUCUUGCGCUCCCGAGUUCCCCAACUGCGAGACACCUACUCCCCAUGUCACUACUGAGACUGUUGCCAUCUCUACCACUGUCUGCCCUGUUACCGAGCAGCACCAGACUCAGCCUAAGCCUACGGAACACAAGCCCACUCAACCCAAGCCCACUGAGUCUCAGCCUAGUGAGACAGCCAAGACUACUGGAUGGUCGACUUCUACCAUUUACACCACCAGCGUUCGCACCGUCACUGCUUGUGGUCCUGAGUUCCCCAACUGCGAGACACCUACUCCCCACGUCACUACUGAGACUAUCGCUGUUUCUACUACCAUUUGCCCCGUGACUGAGCAGCACCAGACUGGAUCCAAGCCCACUGAGCCUCAGCCUACCCAGCCCAAGCCUACUCAGCCAGCCAAGACAACCGCUUGGUCUACUUCAACUGUCUACACUACCAGUGUCCGAACUGUGACUACCUGCGGCCCUGAGCACCCCAACUGCGAGACACCUACUCCUCACGUUACCACUGAGACCAUCGCCAUCUCGACCACCGUCUGCCCAGUUACCGAGGAGCAGCCCUCUCAGCCUGAGCAACCCAGCCAGCCCCACCAGACCUACCCCGUCCCAACUCAGCACGUCGUCACAACCGGCUGGUCUACCUCUACCGUCUAUACGACCAACAUCCGAACGGUCACUGCAUGCGCUCCUCACGUUGCCAACUGCCCUGGUACUCCCCACGUCACCACCGAGACCAUCGCUCUCUCAACCACUCUCUGCCCCGUCACCAAGACUCAGGUCAUUCCCGGCCCUGGUGCUACUUACUACCCUCCUGGUAACUCGACGUCCACUCUUUACACCACCAAGUACUUCACCGUCACCGCCUGCCCUCCCACUGUCACAGACUGCCCCAUCGGCGCUGUCUCUUCCACCGUCUACGCCACAGCUACCACCCAUAUCCAGCCGUGGAACUCUCACGUCUACCCCUCUCCCACCAAGGGUAGUCCUCCUACCAUUCCUACCCACCUGGCUCCUGGUAACGGGACGGUCACUACCUUCAUCCGAUCCACCACCAAGCUCUACGAGACUCCUGUCUCUACUCCCAAGGCGGCUGAGCACACUACUACUUCAAAGGCUGGCUAUGAGAAGCCUCCUUAUCCUGUUUACUUCUUUUAA